AUGUCAGGAUGGCGCUGGUAUAAAAAGAUGCUGGAGACAAAUCCAAUGGCAACAAAGUCAAUUACAGCUGGAAUACUCAUGGGCACCUCAGAUGUGCUGAGCCAGUCCUUUGAACAAGCCACAGGUGUAUUGAAGCAGCAAAAAAGGUUACUGGGAGCAACAGAAACAGACCCUUUGGUGUUUGCCUCUCCGUCAACAUCAAUCGAGGCACUUCACAACUUUUCCUCUCGAUACGACUGGACCCGAUCGAUGCAUGUCACAAUCACUGGUUUGACGCUCAUAGGACCAUUGACACAUACAUGGUAUAAUAUGCUGGAACGUAUAGUUGUUUGGAGCAUCCCUCGAAUGCCCAUCCUGGCUGUGGGUGCGGUUCCACAGCUCGUCUACAGAAUGUUCCUAGAUGCCGUAAUCUAUUCGCCAGUCGGCGUUGGUGGGUACUUUGUGUGGCGGACGCAAUUGGAGGGUGGUUCAUUAGCCAGUACUUGGAAUAAACUACAGCUUGUUUUCCCCCAAGCUCUUGUGGCUUCGUGGUCCUUCUGGCCUGCUGCCAAUAUUGUAAACUUUACUUUGGUGCCUUUACCAUUCCGAGUACUAUAUACUAAUCUGCUCAGCUUAUUUUGGAAUGCUUACCUCUCCACAGUGAAUAGCAGAAGUUGUGUCCAGGACUCGUCAGCUGCACUGGUCUUGGACGAAGUUUGA